CAAAUAAAUUUCAGAGCACGGAGAUGGGAGCCAGCACAGAUGAGGUCCAGGCAUUUUUUAAGGGGUAGAGUGAGAUCAGGAGUCACCCUGUUUCUUCCCUCCCCCACCAGACUCCACACAGCCCUGGGCUGUGAAUCACUGAUUCAAAAGGGCCAUGAAGUUAGGCAAAGGUGCAGAACUGGUAUGGGGCUGGAGGAACAUGCAGGUGGCAUGAGGGCCAUUUGGGUGACAGCAAGAGGAAGCAGCGCUGCUCACUCCUUCUCCAGUCCAGGGCCCCAUGAUGGAUUUCACCUUGGACAUUUGCCUUUGGAACGGUUGCUCCUUGCCAAGAGCACUCCCCCAGAGACAGAUGGAGAAGGAGACAGCUCCGUGGUUCCCGUUCUGGGACUGGCCUUUUGCCUCCUGCCUCCCACAGCUCAGGUGGAGAGAGGAGGGCCCUGCCCUUACCGACUGGAGAGCAUCAGGCUCUCUGGACAAUGCAGCUCAGCCUUCAGCUCCACCAGAGAGGCAGCAGUGUGUGAAGACAGCUCGUUCUGCGGGAGGAGGAAGAGCAGAGAAACCACCACCCUAUGGGUCGUUCUCGGAUCCCUCGUGUGCUGGCUGUCUCCCACCCAGGCUCAGUUUGCACUGCUAAUCUGUUACGUCUUUCUUGGGCAGCUGUUGUGGAGCCUGGUCCAUUCUGAGCACUCCAGUGUUCCAUUUCAAGGAUCUCUUCCUGGCUCCCAUCCCACCAGAGAAUGUGGCCUUGGGAUCAAGGCGUGGAGAGCUGCCAGCUACUGCCACCUGACACAAAGCCUCAUCACCCUUGCGUAUCUCUCUCCCCUCUCCGUCCUCGGCAUGGGGUCACAUUGUGGGUCAUUAUUUCCUUUCACCAAGGUAUGAGCAGAGGGAGAGAGGGCUGGAAAAAGAGACCUCUCCCUUUGCUAACUGAUGAGGAAGAAGCAUGGGGUCUAAGUGGGCCUGCCCCUUGCCUAAUUUUUGCCCAAUUUUUUGGCCUCUGGAGUCCCUGGUAGACUUCUUAACUUCUUGCGCACAAGGUUACCAUGUGUCUAAUUGCUCAGCUCCAGUUAGAGUGGUGGAGGGAAACUGGUAUCAAUGAAUGAAUGAAUGAAUGGAUGGAUGGUUUAAUGACAGCUUGGAGAACCAACUGGGGUUUGAGCAAGAAACAGGAAGAGAAAGCCAACAUCUUUUAGCUCACCAAAUACUUUCAUGCCCCUUGGGAAGAAGAAAAAUGGAUAUGGGAAAUGCAGAGCAUGGAAGAGCUUAAAUUGAGCAUAAAGGACAUAAAACUAGAUAAGUAAGAUCAGAAAUAAAAGAUGAGUCAUCAUCGAAUCCAAACCUUUACAUUUUCAGCAGAGGGUGCCAAAACCUCAAGGGGAUAGUGACUUCCUUAAAAUUACAGAACCAGAGUGAAGACUGGGGUCUUUUGACUCUUUUUUUUUUUUCUGUCCCUGACAAAAUGCUGCUCUUUUUCUUCUCCAUACUUUUAUAUUUGCAAACUCAUUUAUUCCAGAAAAUUAGCUGCCUUCUAACCUGGGGUUCCUCUUUUUUGAUCUAAAGAAGUUAUCCAAACUUACCUUGAGCUUACUGUCCUUGAAGCCAUUUUGGCCUUUGUUUUGUGGCCUCAAGGCUGCCCUCACUUAGAAAGGAUGAGUGACGGUAGCAGAAGCCAGCCAAGCAGGGCCAGUUUCUCCCAAGACUGGCCCCAUGAAAGGUUUGGCUUGGGUUCUCACCAGGGUCCACAAGUCUUGCCUCCUAGAAGUUUGGUCCAGUGGUCUGCAGUCCUGGGAAUUUAUGCCGUCUCAAACAGAGGUUUUCAGACCUUGCCUGAUGAUCCAGGGACUGGAACUGAACACACGUUGUACCCCUUUAUAGCAACUUGGGUGUCCCAAACAGGACCCAUCACUUCCAAGUCCCAGGCUAGGAUUUUCUAACCAAGUAUGUAGUUAGAGGAAAAUCUAAUCCACAUGUAUCUGACUCACUGAUCUUUAAAUCAUCCUAGAGUUUGAUUCUGGGAAUGGUUUGAUGUGUACUCUGCUUUUUUUCAACUUUUGGAUUGGUGCACUGGCCAAGACAUAAUAAAUAGCAACCCUGAGAGACAGAAGGAAGCUUCAAGUAGAGGCAUGACCUGCAGGCUCUUCCCUUCGUCCCAGCUGGAGACAGGCGCCCAGCAGGAGUAGAGAGUAGGCCAGAAGCCCAGAAAUGUGCCUUAGGUUAACCUCACCCUCAGCCUCCUCUUCUGCUUGUAUUUCUGGGAUGCAGAGCCCGACUAGGGAAAAAUCACUCAGCCUAAAAGAUGGUAACACCACAGAUUUAUGGCAUCUGAUCUUUGUUGCACCCUCCAGGGUACAAACUAAUCCCAGCUUGUGAUUCCUACUGUCAUCUAAGGUCAUUCCAGGCCUUUUCCACUCUUCUGGAGAUCUUGAGCACUUUUUUUCAACAAUUUCUUAUUUUGAAAAGAAAAAGGAGUCCAUCAGGAAAGAAUUUCCUCCAUUGCCUGUGACGCUCUACAAACCUCCAUACCUCAGCCACCCUCCUUUUCCAUGAGGGCUCCCUGUCAGGGCUGGUUCCUCAGAUCUUCCCCCAGUAAUCCUCCUUCAUGAAAACCUCAGAGUCUCAGAGUCUGUUUCCGCUGAUGUGAGCUAAGAAUGUUUCAGGAAGAGGGACAUGUCAUCGGGAUCCCAUUUCUUCCUGUGUCCUCCCGGACCUUGCUCUAAGAUCCUCUCUUUCGUCCUGAGAUUUUUCUGAAUCUUUAAGCUCCACCUCUCCUUAGCAAUACACUCAUUCAAGUAUUUCCCGUACUAAAAAACAAAAUGAAACCUUCCUUCCACCUGAA